AUGUCACAGUCACAAUACUCUCGUGACACGGUCAUCCACCUCGUAUCUGGAGGUUUGGCUGGUACGACUGGUGCUGUGGUAACAUGCCCUUUAGAAGUGGUCAAGACUCGGUUGCAGUCAUCUUCCAGUUUUGGGGCUAUACGCUAUGAUUAUGUGCCUAGAAUUGCAUCUGAAGAUAGUGGCGGUAGUCGCAUGACAUGUAAGACAAUCUCGUCGUUGCAACGACGGCGAUAUAACACCUUGAGCGGUGCUGGUGGUCGACACUCCAGCACACAAAUACUAACAUUUUCUCAAUGUGGUGUAGGCAGCCAGACGACUAAAUCAAUGGGGCUCUUGCAGUGUCUCAGGCACAUAGUAAAAACCGAAGGCCCCAAGGCUCUGUUCAAAGGACUGGUGCCCAACAUCGUGGGCGUCGCUCCGUCCAGAGCCAUAUAUUUCGGGGCCUACUCACAAUCCAAAAAGUUUUUCAACACCGUACUUAACCCGGACACACCGAUGGUACAUGUAUUAUCGGCGUCUUUUGCAGGUUUUGCUUCAUGUUCAGCAACUAAUCCUAUUUGGCUGGUCAAAACUAGACUACAGUUGGAUUUGAACAAAAAUGGGAAAAGACUCACCGCUGGUCAAUGUAUCAGAAGGAUAUAUAGGACAGGGGGCAUAAAAGGUUUCUAUAAAGGUAUUACAGCUUCGUACUUUGGAAUAUCCGAAACCGUUGUGCACUUUGUCAUCUAUGAAGCAAUUAAAGCGAGACUGAUAGCCGCCCGUGUUGGACUCAAUGAGUCUGAAGAUAAUACCAAAACCUCCAAAGAUUUUCUCGAAUUUAUGAUGGCCGGUGCCAUUUCUAAGACUGUUGCUUCGUCCAUCGCCUAUCCUCACGAGGUCGCUAGGACCAGACUCCGGGAAGAAGGUACCAAGUAUCGAAGCUUCUUCCAAACUCUGUUAACGGUUUAUGGUGAGGAAGGCCCAAGGGGGCUAUACCGCGGUCUCACCACACAGCUAGUCAGACAAAUACCUAACACAGCCAUUAUGAUGGCUACAUAUGAGGCUGCUGUUUAUGUGAUGACUACGUAUUAUAGUCCUAACGAAGCUGUGUUCUACGAAGACACCGAUGAUCGAUACGAGUGAUAUAUGUUGCCAUUAUUAAUUGUAUGGUUGAAGAUCUCAACGUAUCGCAAUUUUAGUUAUGUUGACAUAGUCGUCUACUACCCGAAAAUUUGCUCCAUUUACUACUGAACAAUCUUUGCGCACAUAAGUCAUUGAAGAGCAUGAGCUUCAUUUAUUUAUUACAUGAUAUAUUUAUUGUAUUCCAACAAUUUUUUUUCUCUUUCAUAAGUCUAUUUUCUCAUCACGUCCUUCUUAUAUUUGCCUUCCUAUUAAUUUUCUUUUUUUUAUAUACUUAUGUUUACAAUUUAAC